AUGAAAACUGCCGCACUAACCCCGGGUAUCCUCACGGCCUCGCCCCCACCGCGAGUUCUCUUCACCGGGCGAUCCAAAGCCAAGGACAGGAGGCGAGCGGUGACCCUAUUCGUCUCAUCACCUCAGGAGACACUCGCCGGGGGUGGCCCAAGGCUGCCUCGUCGACGCCUCUGUCAUCAGGAGCUGGUCGCCAACACCCACGCCGCGAGAAAAGACGAGAGUGUGGGAACGCCUCUCCGGUCGUGCUCUCCCGACGCUCACCUUAUCCGCAAGAACAACACACGGCGGAAACUGCAGCUGCAAUUGUGCCUUCCCGUGCCUGCUCAGCUGCCGGCGAUGAUGGAGAUUGCAGGAGGACGGGCGAGAAGCGUGUCUGUAAACAAGGCUGACCUGCAGAAAAAGUGCCAAAUUUUCUGCGAAUCCGCGAGAGUGCUUCACUCUGGGCUAGAUAUUCAACAGCAACAAAUGCCCGCCCUAACGCUAGGGAUCUUGUGUCCACAUCGACGUUCCCACGACGCCACCUUCUCGCUGUUCACCCUGGGCGAGGACGCGUCUGAAGGCCUCAAGAAGUUCGCCGAAUUGGGAGACACGAACCUCCUCGACGCCCACAGCCAAGGCUCUGGGGGCGUCCUCGAUGAAUUCAAUGCUCCCCCGAUCCCGCAGGGCGUUGGGGAGACGUCAGCCGACUUCUACGUUGAUGGGAAUCACUCAAAGGUGUCGCUGAUCUCCCGCGUGGUGCCUUCUCCUGAUUGGUUCAUCGGCGUGGAUUCCUUCGACCUCUGCGUGGAAGGGAAGUGGGUGGAGUCAGUCGUGCUUGAGCUGGAUCCCCUCGAUGCCGGCACAGACAACGGAUUUACCUUCACGUCACCGAACUGGCCGACCAUCCCGAAGAAGCCUGUGAGCCGAAUUACCGCCCAGACGCCCGACCACCCUGCCAACUCCUUCUACUAUCCCGACCGCACGGAGCACCCGCCCAUCGCUACUAUUCGCAUCUUCAAGAUCAAGGAGUACGAGCUGGCGCGUGUGUACAGCCCUUCCCUCGCCCGGUCCCCCGAGCGCCGCUACCGCACAGGAAGCAUUCCCACGACCCCAGAGCUCGAGGAGAACCGAGACCAAGAAGUGAGUAACGAGAUCUUCCCAGCUACCGACCUUACCACGCCUACUACUACCACCACCACUACCACGGAGGUCCCCGAGCAUGUACUCAUCAACACCAUUGUUGACAAAUACAGGAAGAAGUUUAGAAAGAACAGGAAUGGCAGAAAAAUGGCAACUCGCCGAAGACGUGUACGCGGGCCUCGUGAUUGCCGUGUGAGCGAGUGGUCCGAGUGGUCCUCCUGCAGCAAGACCUGUGGCAUCGGUGAUCAGAUUCGCACCCGAACCGUCCUGAGGCACUCGAGACGCGGAGGUCGACCUUGCCCCAACCUGCAGGAGACACAGUGGUGUGGAUCCUCAAGAGAUUGCGACCACAGAUACUUCAACUGGUAGACUACGAUUUGGAAGACAAGGAAUACGAAGAGAGAAUAAAUGUGUGUGUGUGAGAGAGAGAGAGAGAGAGAGAGAGAGAGAGAGAGAGAGAGAGAGAGAGAGAGAGAGAGAGAGAGAGAGAGAGAGAGAGAGAGAGGCUGACUGACUGCCUGUAUUAUAUUCUAUGUUAAUCAUAUGAUAAUUAAUAGCAAAUUAGUGCGCAUUCAAACCUACACGUCCAUGUAAUUGUUAGUGAGAAAAGAAUGACAACAACAAUUUUAUUUUGCAUAUUUAAGUUUGAUUAACAAGCGAAAGGGUUUUUGAAAAUGAAUAAAUAAUAAUAGUAUGUUAAUUCGGCUCACCAGUGAUUUUGAUAGAGUAUCGUUAAAAUGUUUUGGAAAUUGUAUCAUAAAGUGCCAAAUAGAAAUUCCUUUGAAAAUGACUCUUGUAAAUUAAUUGUCACAGCUGUUAAUAGGUAUGCACAUUUCUGUGUCAUUUAUACGAGCAGAUAUUGGAUUAAUAACGAAAAACAAUACGAUAUUAAUGCUAGCAGGAAACUGUAGAUAUUUUUUUAUUGAUAUUGUUAAUAAAUAGUUUUUUUUUUUUUAGGUAAUGUUAAAUCUUAUAUCGGAGGCUGAUAAUAGAUAUAUUUCAGCUAUAACCGCCAAUGAAUAUAUAGUAUCGAUACCUACACUGGUGCUAAUAAUCAUACGUAGCCGGAUUAUAUAGAAAACAUGUACGUAAAUCCACUUCCGGUGCAUUGUGGAAGUGGGUGUGCAAAACCCCUAGACUUUCACGCACUGAUGAUAAGGAAUUUCUGGGGUAGAAAUGACUGACUCUGUAAAGGCACUGUUUAAUUGUGAUCUCUAAUUGUAAUAAUUUUUGUUUAAAUCUAAUCUUCUUUUUUUUCAAGGGAUUUCAGUAUCAAAAUCAAAAGAACUCUUAUCGCCAUGCGGAUAACGAGCAUUCAAUAAUUUCUUUUUGAAUUUGAUUUACAUUGUUCUGACAUUUAAUGACUAGUUUGUUUGCCAAUAUUUCUCUAAACCCGAAACAGGUAUACAAGUGUAUGUAUAAAAUUAUAUAUACAUAUACACACACACAGAUACAUCCAUACAUACAGAUACACACACACACACACACACACACACACACACACACACACACACACACACACACA